UCUGGAGAGAGCGCCAUGCUGCGCCGCAAGCCAUCCAACGCCAGCGACAAGGAGCAGGCGCAGAAGAAGAAGCUCUCCCUGCAGCGCUCCAGCAGCUUCAAGGAUUUCGGCAAGGCCAAGCCCAGCUCCCCCGUGGUGAGCGAGAAGGAGUUUAACCUGGAGGAGAACAUUCCUGAGGAUGACUUGGCCAAUGCACCUCCUGAUGACACUGGGAAGAGCAGUGGCAUGAAGCUGGGCAAGAAGUGGAGAGCUGUCAUCUCCCGCACCAUGAACAGGAAGAUGGGCAAGAUGGCGGUGAAGGCGCUGGCUGAGGGGAAGGGAGAAGUGGGGGAGGAGGGCUCCAUGUCCCCCAUGUUGCUGGACGGCAGCCUGGAGGAGCCAAGCCUCGAGAAGAUGCCCUUGUCGUACGUGGAGCUGGAAGAGGAUGUGCACACACCACUCAGCCGCCAGACAUCCAGUGGGAGUGAACUGGGCUGCACCAGUCCCUGCACCACAGGCAGCAAUCGCGACAGCGUGAGGCUGGAGGAGCCCAGCCUGCCCUACAGUGGCCCUUUCUGUGGGAGAGCCCGGGUCCAUACAGACUUCACGCCCAGCCCCUACGACAAGGACUCGUUGAAGCUGCGGAAAGGGGACAUCAUCAGGAUCAUAGAGAAGCCCCCCGUGGGCACCUGGACGGGGGUGCUAAACAACAGAGUGGGCUCCUUCAAGUUCAUCUAUGUGGACAUCAUCCCCGAGGAGCCGGUGCCAGCCCGCAAGAGCCGGGUGCAGAGCAAGAGCAAGCGGCCCAAGCCCAAGACCUUACACGAGCUGCUGGAGCGCAUAAACCUAGAGGAGCACAUCUCCACCUUGCUACUGAAUGGCUACCAGACGCUGGAGGACUUCAAGGAGCUGCGGGAGACCCACCUGAAUGAGCUAAACAUCAUGGACUCCCAGCAUCGCGCCAAGCUGCUCACAGCUGCUGACCUGCUGCUGGACUAUGACACGGCCAGUGAGGCUGAGGAAGGAGAGAGCUCGGAGCCGCAACCUUCCCCCUCAGACCCCAAAGGGGACAUUCCCCGUGACUCGGGCUGCUUCGAAGGAUCUGAAACACUGGAGAGCGGCCGGGACGAGGCAGAGCUGAACAGCACAAAGGAGCAACUUCAGGCCUUCUCUCUAGCAGAGUCCUCCUGA